AUGGAUAAACCGAAGGUUUUGAUUGUAACGAAUGAUGGUAUUUGUCCUGCAGAAGUAGGUAACUUUCCACUUCUGUAUUCUUUAUCCAAUCUAAAGAGAAUCAGAUUAGAGAAGGUUUCGGUUCCGUCUCUCGAUACGAACUCUUUACGCCUAAAGAAUCUGCAAAAAAUAUCCGUAGUCAUGUGUAAUAUAAAUCAGGCUUUCAAAAAGGGUACACACAAGAUGUCAGAUGUUUUUCCGAAUCUUUCGGAAAUCGACAUCGACUACUGUGAUGAUCUGGUGGAACUUGGUGAAGGGUUGUGUGAUCUUGUUCAACUGGUGAAGCUUAGCAUCACCAAUUGCCACAAGCUCGUUACACUGCCUGAGGGCAUUGGAAAACUGGAAAACUUGGAUGUGCUAAGACUAACUUCCUGUACUGAACUCAAGACAUUGCCGGAGAACAUUGGGAGCUUAUCCAAGCUUACUAUUCUCGACAUUUCCGAAUGUCUAAGCAUCGUAGACAUUCCGGCCCAGAUCGGUGAACUGCACAGUCUAAAGAAGCUCUAUAUGAGAGGUUGCUCCGGUUGUAACCUGCCUGCAACAAUCACAAAGCUGUUACGUUUGGAGUAUGUUAUAUGUGAUGAGGAGACAGCCUAUCAGUGGGAGUCUUCCGAAUCUUCUCUCACUAAUUUAAGGGUAAGAGUUGAUAAAGAAGAUAUCAACUUAAAAUGGCUUCACACAUUUUCAUAG